AUGCCUUUCUUCAGCCGCAGUGAGCCCUCCCCAGAGCCCGUCUAUCAGCCCGAGCCCGUGGCUGCCGAACCACCGGCCCGCAAGCACAGCCUCUUUCACCGCAACCGGGACGUGUCGCCGGCCUCGUCCCGCCGAACCGGCUCCAUCGCCAGCUCGGCCGGCAGCGCAGGCCCGGGCCACACCAAGGGCUACACCAACAACACCUCCGGCAGCAACUCUGGCGGCGGCCUCUUCCGCCACAGCACCGACAGCUCGGCCAGCAGGGGCCGCCGCAGCCUGUUCCACCGCGACAACGGCGCCAAUGCCCUGGACCCCAGCAUCCUCCAGGCGAGGGAGCAUGUGAUGCAGGCUGAGGCGGCCGAGGUCGACGCUGAUCGAGCACUUGGCGAGGCGAGGAUGCGGGUGAGGGCUGCAAAGGACCACGUCUGGAGACUCGAGGAGGAGGCCAAGGAGGAGGCGAGGAGGGCCAAGAUCAAGCAGGAGCAGGCUCGUGAGGUGUCCAAGAGAGGACAAGGCCUUGGACGCCAUGGCUUGUAA